CGUUAGCUUGUCAACUCGCGUGUCCAGAACUCGGGAAAGAAAUCUAAUCUUCUUUCUCUCUCUGCCUCUGCAUCGUAAAUAACGACCAUCGAAGCCGGGAAGAAGGAAAUAGCAGGAAAGGAGACGAAGAUUGCCAGAGUGAGAGAGAGAGUCUCUCUCUACGGGGCUCUGUUUGUUAUAAAUGUGAACUGUGGAGUUUCUUUCGAAUUUGGAGCUGGAGUAGAUACCCCCUUUUUUUUCAGAUGGAAGCACCGAAUUCGGAUAGGGAAAAGAGUGACGGGUCAUUGGAUGGAUUCUCUCCAAUUACUCCUACGCGGAUUUUCUGGAAUUCUCGGAAAAGAUCCGCAAGUAGUAGGAGUCUAGAUAAGGCAACAGAAGAAGCACCCAACAAAGCUGAGGAGCCUCCAAAGACCACUGAUGCCCCAGUUCAGGACUCGCCUACAGCCACUGUAGUUCUUUCARAGCGUCGAAAGGCUCUCUUCGAACCACUGGAGCCAACAAUGAAUAUAAAUGGCCGUCGACCCUCUGCUGAGAUGUUACUCCCUCCACCUGAUUUUGAUUCCACGACCUAUCCUCGAGGCUGGUUGAUUGGGAAGAAAAGGAAGCUCGUAAAUGUGGAUGUGGUCGAGAGCAUGCGCAGGAUUGCAAUUCAGGAAAUGAACAGAAAGGAUAGGGAGAUUGAUGGGUUGAAUGAGCAAUUGGAAGAGGAUGCACGAUGCCUUGAGCAUUUGCAACUUCAGCUGCUGCAAGAACGCAGCAAACGGGCAGAUGUAGAGAGGGAGAAUAACAUGUUGAAGAACCAAAUCUCCAUGCUGAUGAACAUGUUGCAGGAGAGUGAAGCUGUUGAUGAAGGGACAGAGGAUUCUUGAUAAAUAUCUAUUAGUUAAUUUGUUGUUUCCCCAACCCAACCCAUAAUAGUUGGGAUGAAGCUUUAGAUGAGAUAGAGAUUAAUUUGUUGUAUGUUGUUAAAUUCAUAUGUGCAUACAUUGGCGUGUAUGUGGCUGUAAAUCAUUCUGUGAAUACUUCAUCAUGCUGUUAGUAUGUGUUUCUACAUAAAUUUGAACAAGAAAAGUAAAUGAAAUUAUUAUUUGGAUUAUUUGAUUAUUUAUGAGUUCUA